AGGUGAUCUUUAGCGGAAUGUGACGCGGAAUCCGAAGAGGAGAGAGAGAGAGAGAGAGAGAGACAGAGGAGAAGACGCGGCGAUCUCUGAUCCUUCGAUCGGUACUUCUGGUUUGCGCCAUCGAGGGCGACGAGAGGUUGCGCCGAUGGGGAAGUCCGGGGCGGCGGAGACGGGGGUGGGGGAGUUGAAGAAGGAGCUGAGGCGGCUGGUGAAGGCGAUUAUCGAGGGGGAUGACGGCAGGGUUGAGACGUACGAGGAGGCCGCGAAGGCGCUCGAGGCGCUCAAGGACCUUCGGUUUCGCGGGAGUGGGAAUUCGAACGGGAACCUGGCGAACCAGAGGAAGGCGGAGAGGAGACAGGCGUCGGUGGCGAUUCCGGAGCAAUUCUUGUGCCCGAUCUCUGCGGAGCUGAUGCGGGAUCCUGUCGUCCUGGCUUCCGGACAGACUUACGACAGGCGUUUCAUUCAGGAAUGGCUCAGUUCUGGGAAUCUUACUUGCCCGCGGACGCAGCAGGUCCUCUCCGACACCACCCUCACCCCCAAUCACCUCGUCCGUAGCAUGAUCUCCCAGUGGUGCACUGAGCAUGGUGUCACCCUCCCUCCUCUCGACGACGAGCAAGAGGAAGGAUUGAUCACGCGGAAGGAGCGGAAUGCGCUUUGCAGGAUCCUCGACAAGCUAUCCUUAUCCUCCUCUAUCCCGGAUCGGAAGCAGGCGGUCAGGGAGCUCCGACUCCUCACCAAGGGCAGCAGAUCCUUCCGUGCCCUCGUGGGGGAGAACCCGGGUACAAUUCCCCUGUUGCUCUCGGCCUUAUCUGUGCCUGGAUUGUACAGUGACACAGCGGUUCAGGGGGAUAUCGUGACGACGGUUCUGAACCUUUCGAUCCACGACAGCAAUAAGAAGAUCAUCGGCGACAAUCCCCAAGCCAUUCCCUCGCUCAUCGAUGUCCUCAAGACUGGAACCAUGGAGACCCGUAGCAACUCUGCCGCGGCACUUUUCAGCUUGUCCGCCCUUGAUGCUAACAAGCUCAAGAUAGGUGAGCUGGGGGCGAUGAAGCCCCUCGUCGAGCUGUUAGAGGAAGGCAGCCCGAGCGCCAAGAAGGACGCCGGAUCCGCCAUUUUCAGUCUGUGCAUGGUCCACGACAACAGGGCGAGGGCGGUGAGGGAAGGGGUGGUGGGCGUGGUGUUGACGGCCAUCACUCAUCAGUCGCUCGUGGAUGAGUCACUGGCGAUCCUCGCGCUGCUUUCAGGCCACCAAGAGGCAGUCGAGGAGAUCGCUGACACCAGUGGUGUUCCUCCCUUGCUCGGCAUCAUAAAAGACAGCUCCUGUGCGCGGAACAAGGAGAACGCUGUGGUGGUCCUGUUUGCGGUCUGCAUGCAUGAUCGAACGAAGCUGAGGGAGGUUGGGGAGGAGGAGAAAUCCAACGGAAGUAUUUCUCGGCUGGCCCAGAAUGGCACUUCCAGGGCACGGAGAAAGGCUACCGGAAUUCUAGACAAAUGGAAGCGAACCUUGCACAGCACACACUACUCAUAUUAGGUGUUUGUUGUAAUCAAAUAAUGAAGAAGAAGAAGAUCCAUAUAUGUAAAUAGUACCAUCUCUCUCUUUUCAGGUCAGAUGAGUUCGGUGCAUUCAGACAUACUACACUUAUACAGGAAUCGAAGAAUUGGCUUUUGCCAAUGUUGCAGGAUUUCCUCUUUUUCUUGAUAGAUUUGAUUCCCCAAGAGCAAUGCUUGUUGAUGAGAAAAGAAUGGAAGAGAGCAGUCAUGCAUACAUUGAGUUUAUAUCA